AUGACUCGACCUUUGCUCGCGGUUGUUUCGAAAAGUUCUUUUUGGACCCUCAGUGUAGCCCAUGGAUCUAAAAAAUCACUUCAUCGACAAAAAAACCGAGACUCUGUAGUUUAUGAUGUCCAUUCAAAGGAAGCCUUGAAGUCAAAGCAAGUUUACGUUUUUGGUUUCUCAGCAACUGGAGCUCUGGGUAAUGAGAAAUAUCUUGGACUUCAUGGUAAACCUGGUGUCGCGGGCGUAUCACGACCUACGCCUUUGAGAUAUUCGCCGUCUUUAGGUGUCCCAUUAAAAGCUGCCUGUGGAUAUGGCUUCACAACAUAUAUAUAUGAAGGCAGUCAUGGGGAUUUUGGCGUCUACGGUUGUGGGAUCAACAGUGAUGGCCAAUUAGGAUCACAGUCAGUUGGAUUAAAAACCAAACUUGCUACGGGCGACUCGGUAAAAGUUGUUCCUGAACUUGUGAGAAUUUCUGUCCGUCUUGAUAAUACGCAAAAACAAAUAUAUCGUCCUUCUCAUGUGGCAUGUGGUCGAGCACAUACUAUUAUAUCCUAUGAAAAUUUGAAGGAGUCGAAUAGUGAUACACCUCCUCUUGUUUUCAGCCUGGGCAACAAUGUUUUUGGGCAGUGUGGGAGAGAAAUAGUUCCUGGCGAAAAGUACGAUCAUGAUAUGGAAAUUAUAACAAAAAUAGUUUUGCCACCAGAAAUAAAAUCUAUUAAACAAUUAGUUUGUGGCCAAGAUCAUACCUUGUUGCUCAGUUCAGAUGGUGUUGUUUAUUCCUGUGGACUUGGAUCAGAUGGUCAGACUGGUUUGGGCCAUUAUAAUGUGGUUGAUCGAUUUACUGCUGUAAAGGGUUCAUUGAUGAAUGAACGUGUUUGUCUGCUAUCGUCUCGCGGUGAUACUGUUCUUGCGCUUACUGAAUCAAAUAAAUUAUUUGCUUGGGGUAAUAAUGAAUACGGUCAAAUAUGGCCAUUAGAUCAGGAUAUACAAGUUCCAGAACCUGUUCACUUAAAUUUAGAUCAUUGUAUUGUACCGAUAGAAUCUCAUUUAUCUUCAGAUAAUGUUCAUGUAGGUGAAAUACAAUCAAUUGCUUGUGCCGGUUCUAUGUGUUGUAUUGUUAAUAAAAUUGGACAGGUAUUCGUUUGGGGCUUUGGAUGCAUUGGAUUAGGUCCAAAAGUUACUUGUUCACCUCGUCCAACAUUGAUUCCACCUGGUUUGUUUAUGCCAGCUAUUGUAAAUAGUGAAUCUUGUAUUAAUUAUGUUGCUGCCGGUCUACAUCAUUUUAUUGUUCAAAGUAAUGAUGGUUUAUUAUGGGCCUGGGGUGCUCCACGUGGUGGUCUAUAUUGUCUAGGCUUAGGUAAACAAAUUACAAGUAAUUCUGUUAAUCAAACCUACCCAGUCUCAUUACUUCUUCCAAUUAAAUCUAAAGAUGUAGUAUGCGGUGUUGAUCAUACUGUUGUGAUUGGCAAAUCGUUUGACAAUUAUAUCUAUGCUUAUAUAAUUCUCAACUCUGCAAUUAUCGUCAAAAUUUCAUCAUUCAACUGCAACAUAUUAUUACGUUCUGUAUUUCUUCGAUUAUGUCAAAGUGUAAAACAAUCUGCAACUUCUAGUGAAAUUAAAUCUGCUUAUUAUAAUUUGUCGAAAUGUUUACAUCCAGAUCGAUUACUUCAUACUAAUCCGGAGAAAUUGAGGAAGGAAGAAUUUCAACUGGUCACGGCCGCCUAUGAAUUACUUCGUGAUCAGGAAACUCGAUCACAGUAUGAUCGAUAUUUAGCAAGUAGUUACUUGAUCCAAACAGAUAAAAUUGAUAAAUCGGCAAAUUUCGAUGCUGAAUUUCAACAUGCACAUAAUUUAUAUAUGCGACACCGGAAAUCCAAAACAUAUAAAUCAUAUCGAUGUGGACCGGAUGAAGUUGUGGAAGAAUUUAGAAGUAAAAUUAAAACAAACGUCCACCCUAAAAAUAUAUCGGAUUAUUAUGCACGUCAACCUCAAUCACAUAUAUACACUCCAUCAUUUUUAUUAACUAUUAUGUUAAGUACCUUUUUAGUGUAUUGUAUAUUGAAACUAAAUUGA